AUGGCUGAGAUCCGCCGCAAGCUGGUCAUCGUCGGUGACGGUGCCUGUGGUAAAACCUGUCUGUUGAUUGUCUUCUCAAAGGGCACCUUCCCCGAGGUCUACGUCCCCACCGUCUUCGAGAACUACGUCGCCGAUGUCGAGGUUGAUGGCAAGCACGUCGAACUAGCCUUAUGGGAUACGGCUGGCCAGGAAGACUACGACCGUCUCCGACCUCUGUCCUACCCGGACUCCCACGUUAUCCUGAUCUGUUUCGCUGUUGACUCUCCGGAUUCUUUGGACAACGUUCAGGAGAAGUGGAUUUCCGAGGUUCUUCAUUUCUGCCAGGGAUUGCCCAUCAUCCUUGUUGGUUGCAAGAAGGAUUUGCGUUACGACGCAAAGAUCAUCGAGGAGCUCCGCAAGACCAGCCAGAAGCCCGUCUCUCCUGAGGAGGGUGAGGACAUCCGCAAGAAGAUUGGUGCCUACAAGUACCUCGAGUGCUCCGCCAAGACGAACGAGGGUGUCCGUGAGGUCUUUGAGCACGCUACCCGCGCCGCUCUGCUGUCUCGCACCCGCCCCAAGAAGCACUCCAAGUGCUUAGUCCUCUAA